AGGUUAGAUAGGAGGUAAAAAUAAAUGAGGGGAUAAAAAAAGAAAACAGAACAGAACGAGAGAAAGGAAGAGAGAUGGGGAAAGAUGUAAAGAGAGAGAUUUGGAAGGAGAGAGUACAAAAAACAUGGGACAGCCUAGGGAGGAGGGUGUCAGUGACAGAGAGAGAGGGGGGGAGUCACCAAGAGAAGUGCGCGCAUUCGCUCACGAGAGCGAGUGAGAGAUAGCGAGAGAGAGAGCGAGGGAGAGAGCGUGUGAGCAUUUAGUCCUGCCAGAGCACAGUAGUGCAACAUCAACGGAGACGGGAUAAAGAAGCUCUGAGCGAGGGACAAGGAAAACAGAGGAAUACACUUCUGAAGAAAAGCAUAGAGGGGAUGGAAUGAAAAAAAGCAUCCUACUGCUGUUGGUUAUCCUGUUUCAUCCCAUUUCUGUUGGAGAUUUCCAUAAGCAAAGAAACAGAGAAAACACAUACAUGUGAUAUAUAUUUAAAAUUCCUAUACAUAUAUAUCAAAUUAUGCCUGUUUUCACAGAAGCUGCUUUAGGGAAGGACUGUGUUGAGGUUCCUUGCAUAACAAUUGGAAGACUGCUCUAAUGUGCAGCAUUUGGUAAAACUGUUGCAUAUUAAUGCUUUUUGCAAAUGAGCGUGAUAAAAGACCACAAACAACACAAACAGCUUUGCUGCAGUCCCAUUUUUGAAGGCUUCUUGAAAACAGGAUUUUGCAUUGCCUUUUGUUGUCGCCUCUCCAGUUAUUUUGCCCUUGGAACAGGCUGGGGAGUUGAGGCUUGGGUGUGUUGAAUGCAUGGACCGCAUUCCACAGGCUCAGUAAUACCUUCCUGUAUUCACAGCAGUAACGCGGCAGACAGCCUGCUCUUUAGUUGUGUCUGAAAGAGGGAGAGGUAAGUGAGGAAAAUAGAAGAAAGCAGAGAGCAAGAAACAACAACAAAAAAGCAGCAGAGAGGAAUUAUGGAGUCUUGGUAAAUAAACGAAGACAAAGAAAACAAGGAAGGGACCAAAACAAAUAAAGCAACUAACGAUCGACUACAGUAAAGACGUGGGACACUACGCAGAAACGUAAUUACCCCGCAUGUUCGCUCAAAAGUCAGCUUCUCAUAAAUCUAGACUAGGGAGGACUGGACUAGACUCCACAGGCUGGGGGGAUUUCUCAGCACGCUGCCCUUGUCAUUCCCCUAUCCCCUGCUUGGUAGCACUUGUGGGGUUCUAGUUGUCUGGCAGCAGAGCUGUAUUGGUGACCCCAUCUUUUUAGAAUCCCUCUCAGGUGUGGUGUGGAGCCGAUCCGACAGCACCAAGAGAAACCCACAACAACAGAGAGUGACUGGACCCCCAUCCCUCUAAACCCAUUAAGCCAAACUGACACUGACGGAGCGCUGUCACCUAUGGAUUUGAAUGUGUGUGUGUGUCUGUGAGAGUGUGUGUGUGUGUGUGUGCGUGAGUGUGUGUGAGAAAGGCUGCCUUCCUCAGGUUCUGAGGACCUCUUUUAAAUCUGGACUAAAUCAUCAUUUCAGAUCUCAUAGGACAAUAUUGAAGAACUGCAGGCUGUGCUUUCGCUAGAGGGAGUGGAAACAAAAACCAACAUACUUUUUUUCUGGCAUAAUAUAAUAUUGAAGACCAAUUGUAGAAUAACAUCUAACUGGAAUUGCACAUCUGGAAAGGAAAGGAAUGAGAGCAUCAUGUUCCACUUAGCAAAGGGAUUAAAAAUGGCUACAAGAAAAAUAACAAAGAAUCAAAUGAACAUUCAGUUGGAGACCAGGCAGUUGCUCGAGGCAAGAUAAUCGGAGAGGGGAAUAUCAACAACUCCCAUAUUUAUAGAUUAUGACAAGUGGGUUAUCUAGAAGUUCCAGUGCUUUCCGUUUCCCCCACUUCAGCAUUGAUUAAUGCUUGGCAGGGCAAUUAUCAAAAUCUGUGUGUCCCUCUCCUAAAUGAAGACGUUUACAGAAAGGAGCUUGGAUCCUUGAGGAAUCUGCUUUUCCGCUGGCGCUGUUGGGAUUCCAAAUCUCUCUGAUUUACGGAUAACACUUUCUUUAUUGGGGGGAGAUUUUUUUUAAAUGCCACGGGCCAGUUCAUUUCUGGGUGACACCUCCUAAACUGGAGGUGCUCCAGAUUUCAGAUCACAUCUGCUAUUGACAUUUGGCAGAAAAGGGCGGUAUUUUCGCAACACUGCCAGAACUGUGUGUCUGAGUCUGGGACUGAAUCACUGGGGACUCAUUCGUGAGGAGCAGGUUGAGAUUCGAGUGUUUUGGGGCCAGUAAGAAGCCUGCGUUUCUGAAGUUGGUGUUUAUUGGCCUGCACCAGCUUUGAGACACUUCAGCAACUGAACAGAAGCAGCAUCCACAGGUAUCAAACAUGGCUGCCCAUUCUGUGCUCAUCUGCCUCGCCUUCAGCUUUCUGCUCGGCUUCACUUCACUGGGCCAGAACUCUAGAGAGACUGGGGCCGAUGCCCAGGCCAACAACCAGACGGCAGCCACCUCUGAUUCUCCGGAGGCUACGCUGGCCACUCCGGUGGCGGAGGACCAGACCAUCCCAAUGAUAGGCAGCCGCUGCCGGGGCUACUAUGACGUCAUGGGCCAAUGGGACCCACCGUUCAACUGCAACGCGGGCGUCUACCUGUUCUGCUGCGGCUCCUGCUUUUACCGCUUCUGCUGCCAGUUCAAGGUGCACAGCCUGGAGCAGGAGUCCUGCUCCAACUACGACACGCCCGUCUGGGCCAACACCGGCAAGCCGGCGGCCCCCGUCACUGAGGUGCAGGAGGAGCCCGACCGAGACCGCACCCACAUGAUCGUCUACAUCAUCUGUGGCGUGGUGGCCAUCAUGGUGCUGGUGGGCAUCUUCACCAAGCUGGGCCUGGAGAAGAGCAGAGGUGGCCAGACAGACAUGACCAACUCUAGGGCCUUGACAGAGUUGUUGAAGCAGCCCGGCGAGGUGGGCGGAGUGGACGGUACCGGGGGUCACCACCCCAUAGGGACCAAUGGGAUCUCUGGCAGGUCACCGCGCAGCAACAACGACUGCCUUCUCACCUGCAGCGAACCGCACCACACUGGGAAUGAAAUAGGACUGAGACCAUCCUUUUUGAGUGAGACACACCACUACAGACUAACCCAAAUAAGUUAGUGUUUGUUCUGUCAGAGUGUGUCUGUUGGUGUUUGUUCUGUCAGUGUGUGUCUGUUAGUGUUUGUUCUGUCAGUGUGUGUCUGUUAGUGUUUGUUCUGUCAGUGUGUGUCUGUUAGUGUUUGUUCUGUCAGAGUGUGUCUGUUGGUGUUUGUUCUGUCAGUGUGUGUCUGUUAGUGUUUGUUCUGUCAGUGUGUGUCUGUUAGUGUUUGUUCUGUCAGUGUGUGUCUGUUGGUGUUUGUUCUGUCAGUGUGUGUCUGUUGGUGUUUGUUCUGUCAGU